GUUCUGGGAAAGGAGGUGGGUCGGAGUUACGCUAGUUAGCUGUUGUUGUUGUUGCUAGUAUCGUCGGUAGUCAACAUUUCAAAGUCCAGGUCCAAACCUUCCAUGUCUGAACCCAAGUCCACAGAGUCCCCAGGAUCUUACUGUGGUGUUCCAGACCAGAGAACCUCACAGCAGGGUCCAGAGAUGGUCUCAGUGAAACUGGAGGACUGCAGUCAAACACUGGAACUCAAUGUGAUUGUUAAAGAAGAGCCAGAAGUCCUAGAGGAAGAGAUGGCUGUCAAAGAGGAGGAGGCAGAGGAGGAGAGAGCUGUCAGAGAGGAGGAGAGAGCAGUCAAAGAGGAAGAGGAGGAGAGAGCAGUCAAAGAGGAAGAGGAGGAGAGAGCAGUCAAAGAGGAGGUGGAGGAGGAGAGAGGAGUCAAAGAGGAGGAGAGAGCUGUCAAAGAGGAGGAGGAGAGAGCUGUCAAAGAGGAGGUGGAGGAGGAGAGAGGAGUCAAAGAGGAGGAGAGAGCUGUCAAAGAGGAGGAGGAGAGAGCUGUCAAAGAGGAGGAAGAGAGAGCUGUCAAAGAGGAGGUGGAAGAGAGUAGAGAAGUGUCUGAUCCAGAUCUGGAGGAAGAAGUAGAUAGUAUCACUGACCCAGGAGAGAUCUCCAACCCAGGUUCAGACAGUGAGCCCAGUUCCACAGCAUCAGGAAACCAUAAACACAGACGGGGGAGCUCAAGACAGAAACAUCACCACUGCAUGGACCGACCCUGCUCAGAUUCUAGAGGCAGUUCAUUGUGUCCAACUCACCUCAUACCACGCAAAAAGACCCUCAAAAGAAAGAAGAUGUACCCGUGUGGUCAAUGUGGGAAGAGAUUUCAGACACCAAGCAGCUUGAAGACGCACCAGCUUACUCACACAGGAAAGAAGUCGUACCACUGCUCCCAGUGUAGGAAGACUUUCAGUUGUUCGUUCAAUUUGAAGAGGCAUCAGAGAAUACACACAGGAGAGAAGCCUUUCCACUGCUUCCAAUGUGGGAAGAGCUUCCGUAUGGAAGGACAGCUAAACGAACACAAGAGAAUACACACAGGAGAGAAGCCGUACCACUGCUUUCAGUGUGGGAAGAGUUUUGGUCGGGCAGGAGCUCUAAAGGCACACCAGCUAAUUCACACAGGAGAGAAGCCGUACCACUGCUCUCAGUGUGGGAAGAGCUUCAGUCAGGCAGGACACCUGAAGACACACCAUCGAAUUCACUCAGGAGAGAAGCCAUACCACUGCUCUGUUUGUGAGAUGAGUUUUCCUCUUUUACAGACCUUAAAUAGACACCAGCUUACUCACACAAGAAAGAUGCCUUAUCACUGCUCCCAGUGUGGGAAGAGCUUCAGUCAAACAGAAAGCCUUAGGGCACACCAGUUAACUCACACAGUAGAGAAGCCUUACCACUGCCUUCAAUGUGGAAAGAGUUUCAGUCAUUCAUCAAAUGUGACGGCCCACCAGUUAACUCACACAGGAGAGAAGAAUUACCACUGCACUCAGUGUGGGAAGAGCUUCAGUCUGGCAAGAUACCUGAAGAAACAUUGUCAAACGCACACAGGAGAGAAGCCUUACCACUGCCCACAGUGUGGGAAGAGUUUCCGUCAGUCAUCACAUCUGAGGGCACACAAGUUAACUCACACAGGAGAGAAGCCCUGUACCGCUUCUCUCAGUGUGGGAAGAUCUUCAGGCAGACAGCAGACUUAAAGAGACACCAGCUAAACGUUGACACGUUUUUAUCCCGAUCUACAGGCUCCAGAUCAGAUCCCGGCCCAUUGACUGUUCCUAGGCCGUCAUUGAAAAUAAGAAUUUGUUCUUAACUGACUUGCCUGGUUAAAUAAAGGGUCAAAUAAAAAAAUUAUAAGAGUAAAUCCGGAGUAAAACCUAACGCGGCAGCCCGUAAAGUGUAAAUAUGUACCUGAUUCCGCUCUACAGGCUCUUACGACGUCACAAUAAUUUAACAUGUUGAAUAUAUUGGGCCUCAAAUCAGCCAUUAUUGCUGAGUGCGAGCAGUGCUCAGAGCACUUAUGAGGCACGUCCCACCGUCAGCCAAAGCUAACGUUGGCUAGGCUUAUAGCUAACGUUGGCUAGGCUAAUAGCUUACGUUGGCUAGGCUAAUAGCUAACGUUGGCUAGGCUAAUAGCUAACGUUGGCUAGGCUAAUAGCUAACGUUAGCUGGCUGACUCGCUUGCUGGCUAAGAUAAUUGCAUAUAGCAAACAUUUUCUGAUAAUUGGUUAGAUGGAAGGGCUGGAUAUUGAUGCACGGACCGGUUUGGGUUUUUACUUUACAUUCUAUGUCGGCCGUCAAUGUAAUUAAGAAUUUGUUUUUAUUGGACUUGCCUAGGUAAAGAUUUUUAUUUUUAUUAUAAAUAUAACGGUAUUUGAAUGUUUGGUUUGUUAAAUGUGAUAUGUCGUGUGUAACGUCCAUUUUGAUCGUUUACUCUGCUUACUUGAGUCAUCUCUCUCUGCUCUCCCUCUCUCUCUCUCUAUGCCUCGUUGCCACACAGACCUAGCCCCGCCCCUGUCAUUCAAGGAGCUCACGUGUUGGUUCUGGCCCACCAAACACGUGCGUUCAGUCUGCAUGGUCAAUGCAGCACACGCAACAAUAUCAAUACACUUCUAGAAUGUACCCUUCCUUUUGUUUCUUACAUCUGCAAACAGCUAGUUUGUCUUUUCUUAGCGAGUUGUUCUAUAUCGUGCCGCUAGCUAGAUAAUAGAUGUACCGAGUCAGAGCAAAGGUAGCUAGUUAUACAGCCUGAUACCAGUGAUGGUGGAGGCCUAAAUCAGCAUGUUUGUAAAAACAGUAUCUUCUAAACCAAUAAGAUCAGGAGAAGCAUGAAUAUAUUAUCUACAUGAAGUAGCUC